CCACACAACUGACACCUCUUUAUCGACAAUAACGUACACCAACCCAAGCACCUUUAAUUUCCAUUCCAAUCGACAUAUACUCCAUCCCCACAUUAAACGCCGGCCCCUGUAAUGUCCAUCUUACCUCAUCACCUCCACCUCCAUCAUGCUGUUGCGAUCAGCCGCCACCACCGUGUCUAUUGCACUGCAACAACACCACCGAAGAAUAAUAGGCCGAAACUCCAAAAACUUGUUAUAAACGUAACACCACCCAAACUCGACGACCCAAGCCUCAAAUCGACUUGGGCUCACCGUGCAUGGGUGGCCACCGGUUGCACCACUGUACUCCUUUCCCUAACCAAUUCCAUCAUCGGAUCAAUCGACACACACAUAUGGGUCGAACCCAUCUUAUCUGGAUUCGUUGGCUACUUGUUCGCGGACCUUGGGUCCGGUGUAUACCACUGGGGGAUUGAUAAUUAUGGCGAUGCAUCAACUCCGGUAUUUGGUUCACAAAUCGAUGCUUUUCAGGGUCACCAUAAAUGGCCAUGGACGAUUACCAAGCGUGAGUUUGCGAAUAACUUAUACGCGUUAGCACGUGUUAUAACGUAUAUACUGCUACCGAUUGAUUUGAUUGCCCAUGAUCAACCGGUGGUGAUGGGGUUUGUGGGGAUGGCUUGUGGGUGUAUCAUGUUUAGCCAACAGUUCCAUGCUUGGGCCCAUGGAACUAAGAGCAAACUGCCGCCAGUAGUGGUGGCGCUGCAAGACGCCGGAGUGUUGGUAUCCCGAUCACAACACGCCGACCACCACCGGCAACCGUAUAAUAACAAUUACUGCAUUGUGAGUGGGAUUUGGAACAAGUUUUUGGAUGAGCGUAAGGUGUUUGAGGCGCUGGAAAUGGUGGUUUUCUUUAAGCUUGGUCUACGCCCACGGUCAUGGAGUGAACCGAACACCGAUUGGACGGAGGAGAUGGAGCCUUCUCUGACGACUUCUUCUCCACCCUAGAACUUACUUGAUCCAUUUCAUGAGAUUGAAAUUCAAAUAAAUAAAGUAUACGUCAUUGCUUAGAGCAUUGGUUCUUGUUAUUAGAAAGUUAUUAAUUAAAUUAGGUUUUGCAAGUGGAAAUGUCCGCAACGUGGGUAAGCUCGAAAUGUGAGAAAAUUAGUUGGAUUGGAUUUAGUUGACUUUACGUCUUUAUGAUAUCUUUUCCGGAAAUCAUAUAAUUAUAGAAUAUUCUUUAUGGAAUACUAAUCUGCUUUAAAAAAAUAAAACAGUUGAGAUAUUUAAAGCAUA